AUGUUGCUGCUGGCGCACCUGCUGUGGAACAUUCCGCCUCGCCCCGCCGCUUCCCCGCGCCACGCGUCACCACUGCUCUUCCUCGCCGCCACCUCCGCUCGUCCGUCGCCAAGAUGCCGCCGCGCCGGCCGCGGAUCGUCGGGCUUCCGCGGCAUCCGAGUGCAUCCUAAUGGGACGUUCUACGUGGAGAUUCGCGUCGGCAGCUUCCACGUCACCCUCGGCACCUUCACCACGCCGGAGCUGGCGGCGCGCGCCUACGACACGGCCGCGUGGCGAUUCUGGCGGCCGCGGCGCGACCUCAACUUCCAAGACGUCGAGUUGCUGGAGGAGGCCGAGUUUCUGGCGCCCGUGCCGCGCCUCGUCAGCGAGGAGGACCGCCGCCACCAUUGUGAAAACCCAAGCUCUGGUUCUGUAGCAGAUGGCAGUGGCGUCUAUGUCACUUCCCCCAUGGGGGAGUCUCCCUGGAGGAUUGAUAGGUGA